GUUCGGCGUCACGUGUGCGGCGGAGUCGGCGCACUCGGGCGCGCGCGCUCAUUGGCCGUCGGCACGCCGUACGGAGUGGGGCGACCGGUGACAUCAGCACGACGCAUGUUCCAUGCUAUCGAGUACGGGCGAAGUGACAGGUGGUGUGCGCGCUGCCGAUCCCGUACGUAGUUUCGUGCUCGCAGGAACACGGAGGAGGAAUCCCAUGCGAGAGAGAACGUCGUCGUGACAUCCGCAGGCGAAUAUCAAGCUCUUCGCUCGCCCGCGACUCCAGACACCGCUGCCGUAGUAGCUCCACGCGCGAACCGCGGUGACAUGCUCGCACGAUCGGUGCGUCGCUGCUCGUAGGUGCUUCCAGUGCCAGUUUCCUAUGAUGUAUACCACGUAUUCGCGCGAUUCGCCCGGGAGAUUCAGCUGCAGAAGAGUGUAUUCGAGAUUACUCUCCGGCAGGCCAGGCAUAAAACCGCAGGGAUUUUCGUUUCUCAUUCGGUGUUGGGACAAGGUUGGCGGAUCUAUAUGGGGCAAUGCGUGUCUCGUAAGGCGGGCGCCGUCGUCGCAGCAUCCGGUCAUCACAACUCGCCCUCGUACCGCAUCAUGGAGAAACACGCCCAAAAACAGGGCGAUCAUCGGGGCUCCUCGAGGCGCGGUACGUCUCACACGCGCGGCACCGCGAUGUCCUUCGGGUUCCGGCGGAGGCCCGCCAGCGGGAUCCCGAUGCCGAUCGCGGGCUACGCCGAGUCGAACCUGCUGCAUCCGCGCUCGAAGUCGGCUGGCCCGGAGCAGGAUCGCAGACGGGACGAGGACAACAACAGCACGGCGAUCCACAACUCGUCGUCCGGCCGGUCGACGCCGCGACUAGCGCCGCCCAAGAAGGACUCGAGCGGCGUCGGCGUCAGGACUAAUCGCUUCGGCUACCGGCAGCCGCCGAAAUUCACGAACAAGGUCGGCGACAUCUGCAACAGCCACAGCAUCAGCCACUACAAUCAGCAGGAGAAGCAGCAGUAUCAUCAUCAGCAGCAGCAGCAGCAGUCGGAGAAUUACUUCGCGAAGCAGCCGAACAGAGUCCUGCACGUGUACAACGCGACGCCGGCGGCGACGAAGACGGCUCCUCGCACGUCGCCGUCGAACAACGCGGCUUACCCGACCGGCAAUUCAACGGACGCGAACAGGCGGACCUCGGGUAUACCGGAGCCCAUCAGCAGGUACACCUUGCACACCAGUCACCUGCCGUUGCCGCAGUACGCCGUGAGGGUGAGCGACUCGAAUUCGAAGAUCGCGAAAACAGCGGCGAAUCAGAGCAGGAAAGUGUCGUCGACGUCGACGUACAAAGGCUCGGCCAGCUCGAAGGAGGGCUCGAUGACCGAGGACUCGGGUGUCAGCAGCCAGGCGGCCUGUCCCGAGGACAACGAGCGGAUCAUCCGCUCGUUGGAUUACGCCGCGGACGAGAACGGCUCGAUGAGGAGGCGCGGCGGCGCCGGCAGGCCGAGAAACCUGCGGAUGGUGGUGAGCGGCAAGAGCUUCGACGUGAGAGACGUCCGGGACGACGACAGCACGGUCACGGAGAUCUCCGUGAUCCCGCUGCCCAAGUCCUUCGGCAGCGCAAACCUGAACACCGGCUUCGUGCGCGAGCGGGCGACGCAGUACCAGCGGAUCGUGAGCAAGGACAACAGGUACACCGAGUCGACCACGUCCAUGUCGACCACGUCCUCGGAGGGUUACGACGAGGGCUGCCUCAGCGAGGAGAAGGUCUACAAGGACCGUUCGCACUCGGAGAAGAUCCCCUCGAUCAAGUCGGACUUCAGCCCGCCCAGCUCCGACGAUCCCGAGUACGGCCACGGCGAGGCGAUGGCGGACGAGUACUCGCUGAGCUCGAGCGACGACUGCCACCGUCCCGGCUCGAUGCUGCAGCAUCAGCAACACGCACAGGCGAUCACGGCCGCGACCAGGAACGGCGCUACCUCGAAGAACGCGUUGCGCUCGGUGCUGCUCACCAUCGAGGACCCGGCCUUCGCCGCCGCCGCAGCGACCACCACCACCCUGAUAGACGACGAGACCUCCCCGGUCGACAGUCUGUUCGACAGCCCCACAGCCAGCAUCACCCAGUCGGACGGGAAGGCCUCGAAGAAGGACGAGCACGUCCUGGAGCGGUCGGACAAUACCCUGGAGGACGACAGUCCCGGCACUCCGACGAACGCUUCCAACUCGCUCAGCCUGUCGGAGGGUAGGGAGUUCUUUGACGAUGAGAUCGCGGAUCAGCCCGGACUGAUCUUCGACGACAACUCGAGGGCGAGAAUCGAGCCGCAGUCCGCCAUGGGGAGCCAAGUGAUCACCGAGAAUAGCCACACUCUGGUCGAGCCGAAUUCUAAGACGAGUGGUGCCCACGUGAAAGGCGUCGCGAACAGUCCCCACCACGGGCGGAUACAUCGGGCCGGGAGCGUGGACACCUUAUCUCCCUGCGAGUCUAUCGCCUCGGAUGACUUAAUGCUGGAUUACAGCGACACGAGUUCCUACGAGGAACAGCAGCGAUUGAAUUCGAAUCCGGCGCUGCACGAGCUGGACGACGCCACUAUAAUAUCGGAACUGGAGGCGCAGGGCGAGGAGAUGGUGAGGCAGUGGAGCUCGCUGUUGAGCACGGCGCACAUGCAGGAGCAGGCGAACUCCACCAAUAACAACAUCAACGGCGGGACCGGCAACAACAACAAUCAGACCGCCGCCGAAUCCGGAAUCGCCGGCGACAGGAUGAGGUUCCUGCGCAACCGAUCCGGAACGGAGUCGCCGCGCUCGCUGGACAGCAUGCGCAACCGUCAAGUUUCUAGUCCUCUCAGGAGAACGGGAGAUGUGCAAUCCCCAUACCUGGAUUCCGGUGACGAAGCGAGCCUGAGGAUAGAUCGCGCGACGUAUCAGCAUAUGUUCCAGGACAUCGUCUCCCUGAAGACGAUGCUGCUGAAACUCAAACGAGUUCUUCAGGAGUCAGGAGAGAACGAUUUGACGAGGGCAGACACUCUCAACCCAUUCGAUAAUUCUGUGAAGAAUGGCCUCUUCUGCAACCUGAACCUGAAUCUGAACGAGGGUGGUGAAACCAUCGACGUGAGCACGUCACCGGGUAGCGGUGGCAGCAGUAUCGCGGAUGAAUUAGCGGAUUUGAGAAGACAAGUGAUCUUUCUUCAGGGCCAAGUGGAGGACCGCGAUCGCACCAUACAACAGCUUCAGGCUCAGUUCUUGAAGCUGCAAGGACCUACGAACGGCGACGCGCAAACCUGCAUCGUGCCGGCGCGCAACAACAACAUCCCUUCCGUGGACACGUGUAACGCCGCUACGCAGACGGAGAAGACACGUCCAGUGUCAGCGGGGCCUUCGAUCCUACAGUCACUUCCACAGGAUGGAAGCAUGGGGCCUCUCGUUAGUUGGAGUGACUCGUGGGACCGUCAGCGACCCUCGCUGCUCUGCGAGCUUAACUCCGCCGGGAGCCUUCGCAAGCCAACCGAACGUUUACCUCAUACGUUAAGACUACGUCAAGAACAGACCCCACGUCGCAGCAACGUGCACACGAGAAGGCACUCGUCGGAGAGCGUGGCCGGUUCGCCAACGAAAUCGAAGGACUGCGCUAAGGCGUGUGAGCCGAACGACGCGGAGCAGCAAUGCAACGCCAAGGUAGAAGGAAAUACGGUCAAGUCCCUUAUUCCGACGCCUAGGAAGCUGCGGCUUUAACGACGCGGCGGCGGAACUCAGCUACGUUAUGUUCUCUGUGUGUGUGUGUGUGUGUAUGUGCGUAUGUGUGUUUAGCGAAACACGUUUCUCACGUUCCAGACGUCCGAAUCUUCGAAGGAAGAACCGAGGAAUCCCUCCUCCGAGGAGGAGGAGCAGGGGGAAGAGAAGGAGGAGGGAUCGCUCGCGGGUGAAUUGCCCGACUUCGAGAGACAUUCGGCUAUGACGAUGGCCCAAGUUCAGCAGAACGUUCAACCUCGCAGCUAUCGGUCGUUUUCUCUUCGCAGAGAUUGGAUUAUUCUUUCGGAUCUGCGGGAACGAUCCAAUCCCAGCACGGAAAACUUCCCCCCCGCGGUUGUAGGAUGAACCUUCCGCUGAACGCGGCCACUUUUUCCAGUGAAUGUUUAAUAAGCUGUAAUUAAUUAAUGAUUACCGAUUUUCGUGGAAUCGAUCGUCACAGCAACGCGCAUUUGAUCAGGAUGGAGCCGACGAUCGACUUCGGAUUUGGACGUCCCUAACAAACGAUCUCUCUCGUUCCGUCUAUAUUGUUUGUUUUUUUCGUUCGCUCGCGAUUAGUUUGCGCGCGCGCGCGCGCACCAGGAAGCUCAGUUCCUCGCAGAGCGCGCUUUGCGCGCCCGUCUGAUGCGAUUUGCCGAUGUACUUAGGCGACGUAGCGGAGAAUUCGUCGCGCGAAGUCGUCUAUUCCUGAACGGAUAUUUCGGGCGACGUAAUUCGUCGCGCGAGGGUGCGCGAGUGGUACUCCAUCGUUGAUAUUAACGGUGUGCCCGGGCCGAUUUCCUCGCUCGGGCGUGAUCUCAGGCGCAAAAUUCAAGAGGCAGAGGAAAGGAACACGCACAUACACACACGCAAAUAUGUUGCAAAAAAGUCACCUUUGCGAUUCGUUUGUCCGGCGAAUUGCUUCCGGAAACGUGAACGGAGGUCGAGGUCGCUUCCCAGGCGCCUCAGUCGGAGUGAAAUUUUUAAUUGCGGAUAUUUAUUUGCGCGAGGAGAAAUUUUUUGUGUAGUAUAAUUUAUUGUAAAUAAGAAAAGUGCAAAAGUUGAUUUUAGCGUAGCGUACGAUCGCAAUCGGGGGGAAGGAGGAUGAGGAUGAUGAUGAUGAUGAUGAUGAUGAUGAUGAUGAUGAUAUCGGUGAGAUUUCGAUGAGGAAAAUUUUCUCAAAUCUUCUGUUCAUAUAUAUAUAUGUGUAUACGUUUCUAUUCCCGUUUUCGUUAGACGCAAACAUGUCCGAACGUUUCGCAAUUUGUGUUCCAACGACAAUUUGUAUAUAUACUUACGUAUUGAAGAAACUGCUUCUCUCUCGCGGAGACAAAUUUUUUUUUUCACUUGAACACACGUUAUAUAAGCUCGUUAGCGGCGGAUUCGUCGGCGGGAGAUUGCCUCUUUCGUCGUCAUCGUUCUUCACGUCGCCCACUGUGAUGAAGCCGAGAAACGGAAAUUCGACUAGUUAUCGUUUCGUUUGAUGCGCGAGGACGCAUUUUCCGUUCAUUAUUCAUCCUUAUUUAAACAGGCCGAGGAGUGCAUUUGAGUAAUUCCGGGCGAGCUGCAACUUCGGCCGAGCUUCGGCUCGUGGAUACGCGUUCUCACGACAGCAGACGAGGAGGGAUAUUUUACGUACGGAUUGCGUGAUUGGCGAAGCCAGGGUAACUGUGUAAAUUCCAUACGUCACUUUAAUUUAUUGCGUGCGGUAUGUGCUUGGUGCUAGUAAGAGUUUUGUAUUCGUUCUAUGACGUUUAGACUCUCCUGCCUUCCGAAAGCGAGGCGCUCCCACGCACACCAUCGCGGCGAGUCGCGCGGAAGCGGAACGGUCGGAGCGGGAAACACGAUCGGAAAAAUCGUCACGCGACGUCCGGAUCGAAUCUGAAGAAAGGAAGGGGGAAAAAAAAAGAAAAACAGCCCGUCCAGACGAAAGAGAGUGUGUUUAGCGGUUUAUUUUAUAUUUUCUUGUCCUAUACGGACGUGACAAUAAUUAUUCUUACGGUACAAAAGGAGUAUCGAGGGGACUGUUUGCGUUCUUCUUCUUCUCUUGUCUCUCGUGUAAUAAUAAAGCGACGGGGUGGGGAAUCCGUGAUUUGUAAACGUACGUGAGAUAAACGCAAAUACAUUUCCCACGCGAACGAACGUAUCUAUCCUAAGAAGAGGAACGGUGCCAGCCGUAGCCAGUAGAUUGAUAGCAGAUUCGCUCGGGAAUAUCGCGGCAAAUCCGGCGUCAUUGCGCCCGCAUCAGAUUCCCCCGGUGAUGCUGUGUUGACGUAACCGGGUCGGCGAUUUGCGGGAGCCGAGGAGGAUCGAAUGGCGUCUCUCGAUUGAGGUGGAUAUUGCUCGGCUCCCGUGGCCAAUCCGUCGUUACUAAUCCGUCGUCAGCAGACCCCGCGAUAUUUUCACAGGCGAGCCGCCGGCGAAAAUUUGUUGAGCAGACUCUUUGCAAAAUCUGCCUCGAUAUAUGAUGCCCGGCUGUUCGGAUAUAAAUGUAUUAGCGUUUACUCGGUGCAAAGAAGAACUCGUGCAAGUACGUAUGCGAAAUCGUUGUUCGUCACUCGUCAACAUAUCUCUUGUCCCGCACUGGUGCGAUACAAUGUCGAUCGAUCAAGCGUGUAGCACGCGCCCGCGCAUGGAGUGGGUGGUGGCGGAAAAGCGACGGGCGUCAGGAGAAACUAAAUGUUAUAUGAUCAUUGUAUAUUCAUUUGUUUAUACUCUAAUUUAUGCGGCGAUGUAUGCGAAAAUUGAAACGAAGAGAAAGUGAAAGAAUGAGAGUAAGAGAGAGAAAGAAGGAGAAAGAGAGGAGGAAAGAGUGAG